AUGGCUCUGUGUGUUCCUGUGCAGGUUCUCUCUGAGCAGUUUGAGGAUGUUUAUGCUUUGCCGCGGAGAAAUUCGUCCACUAGAUCUGGGACUGGUAUCGUGGAACGAUUUCAUCGACAGCUCAAAGUUUCUCUACGUGCUCGUUUAGCUGGAACGGAUUGGUUCCAUCAUCUGCCCCUAGUAUUACUUGGACUCCGGAGUGUUCCCAGAGAAGAUUCGUCCGUGUCCGCUUCUGAAGCCCUCUUUGGUUCUCCGUUGGUUUUACCAGGAGAAUUCCUAGACACUCCAGAGCUUCCCUCAUCGGAGUAUCUCAGGAAAAUCCAGUCUAUCCUGAAGAACAGUACAUCAGUCCUACCUCAUCACUCUCUUCCAGCCACAAAGCCAGACCAGAUCCCUUCAAGUUUAGCUAAUUGUUCUCAUGUUUUUAUCAGAGAGGAUGCAUCAAAACCUCCGUUAUCUCCGUUAUAUAGAGGGCCAUAUCUAGUCCUCUCCAAGUAUCCAAAGUAUUUUCUCAUUGAAAUUGGUUCCAAGUCUGACUCUGUCUCUGUGGAUCGGCUUUGUACUCUCUGA